AACAGCAACUCUUUCUUUCCCUGCGGACAGGGACCGUUUCAUGCCCGGAGGAAGACCGACCUACCGCUUGGACCCGGUGCCGGCCUCCCACACACCUCUGGCGGGCUCAGAAGCAGCAGUUCCCGGCAUUUGCUGGGAUGUUUGAGUCGCGUUGUUUGGUGGGGUGAAGGGACCGAGAGAGUGGCCGGAGAGACCGAGGGGGACGGAGGCCGAGAGAGGAGCCGAGAGCAUGGCUCUGGUAGCGCUGUCUCUCUGGGUGCUAACGAGUCUCACCUGGGCGGACGUGGUCCCGGUGUCAGCCAACAGGCACUCCGUUUACUGGAACAGCUCCAACAUACAUCUGCGUAGGGAGGGCUACACGAUGCAGGUGAACGUCAACGACUACCUGGACAUCUACUGCCCUCACUACAACGACAGCCAGCGCAUGGUGGGCACCGGCGAGCAGUACGUCCUCUACAUGGUCAGUUACCGUGGUUACAGGAACUGCGACCCCCAGCUGGGCUUCAAGAGGUGGGAGUGUAACCGGCCCCACGCCCCCCACGCACCCAUCAAGUUCUCCGAGAAGUUCCAGCGCUACAGCGCCUUCUCCCUGGGCUACGAGUUCCACGUUGGACAGGAGUACUACUACAUCUCCACGCCCACCCAUCAUCACGGCCGCAGCUGUCUGAGACUACGAGUGUACGUCUGCUGCUCCACAGCCUCUGACGUGGAUGAUGAGCCAAAGCCAACAGAACCAGACUACACGCUUAGACCAGGCCUAAAAAUUGACGAUAUUGAUGAAUUUAACCCUUUUGUUCCCAAGCUGGAGAAGAGUGUCAGCGGAAGCAGCCCGUCCAGGGAUCGCCUUCUCCUCACCGUGACGAUGCUCCUACUGGCCGCUCUCUUCAUCUCCUAGCAACGGCCAUCCCAUCAGCGUCACCAUGCCAACUAGCCUUGGGAGGGUGUACAGUAUCAGCGGAUGGAAGAGUUGAGGAGGGGGGGAGUCAGGGGGAGAGGAGAGGAGAGAGGAGAGUUAAGAUACCACAAAUAGAGCAGAAGGCAAGAGGAGCAAGGAAUGAGAGUUUUCAAGCAUCACGGUGUGAAUGUGUGUGUGUGCGUGUGUGUGUUUGUACAGCUGUGUGUUUGAGGGUGUGUGGUUUUGGUGGAGUUGAAAGACCCUCAGGCACUCGGUGACACAGACUGAACCGUACGUUGCAUCAAAGUCAGCCUGUGCAUACAGAUGCAGGUGUGGUAGACUAUGUGUGAGUGUGUGUUUUUGUGUGUCUGUAUGUGUGUGUGUGUGUGUGUGUGUGUGUGUGUGUGUGUGUGUGUGUGUCUGAACAAGCCGUAAGUUUGAGCUUGUUGAAACCUGCACACCACACAAAGCAUUUAUACACCGAGAGAGGCGGGGCUGAAAUCCUAGUAAAAAGAAGAAAAAAGCAUCAAAUCCACCCACCCAUUUGAAAACCAUUUGAAGACUUUCCCCUGGAUCUGAUUGGCUGAAACACUUCCUUAGCGGUAGUUGCCAUAGUUUCUUGCAACAAGAAUUAAACUGACCUCAAAUGAACUGAAUCAGAUAUAGAUUUCAUCACAACUGAACUGAAAUUGCCUUUUUUUUGUUGUUGUUGUUGUUGUUGUUGUUGAUCUUGAUGUUGGGAACAUGUCCCAGUCCACAGCGCAGGGGGAAAAAGGAACCAGCUGAUGUCCUGCACAGGUCCUGUGAAGGAGACUAGUCAAAGUAGCUGAUAGUUCAUGAACGCACCCUGGGACGCCAGACGCCUCCAGUGUUUUUUUAGUUGUCAUCUCCACUCCGUCUGCUGUGUCAUCCUGUGUUCACCAUCAGUCUCCAGCACGUCUCUAAUGAAGGCAGCAGGACUGGACGAGGUCAGAGCAUUUAAACAAUGAAUCAUCCCCUCAAACGAAACAAAGGGGCUUUACUGUAGAUGUGCCGUUGACACAGAAACCGCAAGGGUUUGUUGAUGUUAUAAGUUGCUGUGUUACUUUUUCUGUCCUGCCUUUGAGGCACUCGGUUAGUCUUCUGUCAUCUCCGAGGUUAAAGAAGCACACGAUGGCUACCGAGCAGCCAUGGAUACACUCAGCAAUACUGCCCUCCUCUCAACCCACCGCAGGCUGUCUGGAGGAGAGCAAGAGGAGCAGGGAGGAGGGAUGAAGGAGCAAGAACAGCCACUCACACAAGCAUCUACUAACAGGUCCAGUCCCAGACAAUAAGAAGCUCCCCGCUGAUCAAUGUUGGUGUAGCAUUCAGCUCUACCAACCUCUUCUCACCUGUAAACGCUUUUCUGUUACUGUAUGAGUGUUUGUGUGUGCCUGAAAGAGAAAAAAAACCAUGUCCGAGUGUGCCACAUGUGUGUGUUUGAAAGCGAGAGAGACUAUUUUAAGUGGUACUAACAGCCUGAAAAUACAUCCACAUACUGUACAUCUUAUAAGUCUGAAAAUGCAAAAUAAAUAAAAUAUAAAAAUACAAACUAAAGCAACAAGUAAUACAUACAGACCAAGUGCUUUGGUGGGGAGGUACGGCAAAUUCAAAACUAAAACAACUGAAUCAGUCUGGUGCUUCAGAAUAGCGUUUCCAUAGCAACUAGCACCUUAUUCACCAUGGUUACCCCACCCUGCCAAACGAUGGACUCUAGAAGGCCAUGGCUUACCAUAGUAGCUGAUUACAAUGAUGAAGGUGAAGAUGAUUAUAAUGACCAUGAUGAUGAUGAUGAUGGACUCCGAGCUGGCCGACCAGGUCACGCAGUGGCUCACCCACCGACAUGUGAGGCGUUCGAGUACUCGUGUAAAUGUCAUAAAGGACAAGGAAUAACAAUGUCUUGAAAAUUGCCAAGAUGAAAUGUGAUGUAAGCAUUUUACAAACCCCAAACUCGGUUUUCUUGUAGUUGUUUUUUUAUGUUUUUUUAUUAUUCUUUUGUUGAGUUUACUGUGGUGUAUUUUUUCGGUUAUCUUGAGGGGGAAGACGGGGGUUUAAAAGUUGGAGUAUUGGGUGGGUUGAGCCAUAUGUAAAAUUGGGCUGCACUCUGUGAAUCUAGCUGACAAAUGUUACAUAGCUGUGGUUCUCAGCCCUGUUGGCUUGUGACCGACACUUACCGAAUUCAAUUUUUUCAUCAUUGUGGGCUUGGAGUUUGGGAGUAAUGUGGCUUUUUUUCCCAAAGGUCUGUCAUUUAGCGAGAUUAUUUUCCCAACAAAACUUCCAAGGGACAGCCUUCGGGUAAACAACAAACUCACACAUUGUCAAAUUGAUAGAAAUGUAAUAGCUCUGGUCAACCAGACAACAGAUUGUACAGGUUGGAACAAACACGGCUCACGUGGUUUUGGAGCAUCAUUAAGAACAUUGCAAUAUGAAACAGAGUGUGAACCAACCAAGGUGUAUAUAUGGCUCUUGGUGGGAGGGCCAGGUGGGAAAGGUUUUGGUUCCUGGUUUGGACUGGGAGGGUUGAAGAGCUGUACAAGAGGAUAAAUCACACUUCAAGAAGUUGCACUUAAGAACUUAAACACAAGAGUAAGGAAGUGUGCUGUUGUGUGUCCGUCUGAAUGUGUGUGUGUGUGUGUGUGUGUCAGGGAGAGUAAGAAUCAGAGCUCAUUUCUGUUAAUCACUUCAUAUCUGUGUGCAGGAGCUUAGGAGUGCAAUGCUGAUUGUCUUUGUGUGUGCUUGUGUCAGCGUGUGUGUGUGUGUGUGAGUGAAUCAAUGAAUGAGUGAGAAACAGUCUUUUUGUUUCUGCUCUUCCUAUGUGCGUAUGAGUGAGAGAGUGUGACCGAUUAUUGUCUGGCAAAAGAUUUUAAAAAAAGCAUUUAAUAGUGUUGGAAACAACAGUUACAAUCAUGUUUACCUUCGACUGGAAUGACUUUAAAUGAACUUGAAAAUAAACU